AUGGAUGUGGAUUAUUUGGACGAAGCCUUCGAAGAUAUAGAGUGUCAAGUUCUUAACAUGAUCAUAGAAAAUAAACUUUCUGUUGAACCUGAUCGUACGCCAAGUGUCCAAUUGGCCGCAGAAUUAAGUGCUUGGGCUUCAAAAUAUUGCGUUCCUUUGGCCGGUGUCUCUGAUUUGCUCAAGAUCUUGAAGCAGAGUGCUGGACUGUACUUACCCAAUGAUGCGCGUACUCUUCUGAAAACUCCAAGAAAGUCAAACCUUCGGAAAAUAUGCAAUGGAGAAUAUAUUCACAUGGGUGUAGCGGAAUUUUUGAGGCGGUUUAAUUUGAUCGAUUAUAUUGAAGAAGGACAUCCAGUUAUAUUAUCUUUUUCGGUGGACGGAACCCCAGUUUCAAAAAGUGGGGCCAAUGAUUUGUGGAUUAUAUCAGGAGCUGUUCAUACUGAGGAAUUCAAACGACAUGUAUUUAUCGUCGGUAUUUUCAACGGACCAUCGAAACCUACAUCUUUCAAUACAUUCCUUGAAGAACUUGUCGAUGAAAUCAAUGGAUUGCUUUCCACAGGUUUUCACAAAGACGACAGGGUGUAUCCUGUGAAACUAAAAUAUUUCACCGCAGAUGCACCGGCAGUAGCUUACAUAAAAAGUAUCAAGUCUCACGGAGGAUAUUCAGCUUGUCCAAAGUGCGAAACACGAGGAACGAACAUUCCUGGCUCAAGAAAAAUAGUAUACCCCGAAGUCGAUGCACCUGUGCGUACCGACAUGAAGUUCAGACGAAGAAUAUCGAGCAACCAACAAGACUUCCAUCACCUCUCAACAGAGCAUACGAUUCUAGAAAAUCUACCGAUUGAUAUGAUUAAAGACUUUGUGAUUGAUAAAAUGCACGCUGUGGAUGAAGGUGUCUGUAAGAAAAUUCUUAUUGCAUUCACAGAGGAAAUUGAGGACUCUCAAUUAUAUCUCAAAAAUGAAAGCAACUGA